AUGUCUAUUAACCACUGCAGAUUCUAUGAGAACAAGUACCCAGAUGUUGACGAUGUUGUCAUGGUCAAUGUCCAGCAAAUUGCUGAGAUGGGUGCUUAUGUGAAGCUAUUGGAGUACGAUAACAUUGAAGGUAUGAUUCUACUGAGUGAGUUGUCUCGUAGACGUAUUAGAUCCAUCCAGAAGUUGAUCCGUGUUGGUAAGAACGAUGUUGCUGUGGUGUUACGUGUUGACAAGGAGAAAGGUUACAUCGAUCUAUCAAAGCGUCGUGUGUCUUCCGAGGAUAUCAUCAAGUGUGAAGAGAAAUACCAAAAGUCCAAGACUGUGCACUCUAUCUUGAGAUACUGUGCCGAAAAGUUUCAAAUCCCAUUGGAAGAUCUGUAUAAGACUAUCGCAUGGCCAUUGAGUCGAAAGUUUGGCCACGCUUACGAAGCAUUUAAACUAUCUAUCAUUGACGAAACCGUAUGGGAAGGUAUCGAGCCACCAUCUCAGGAUAUCUUGAAUGAGUUGAAGACCUACAUUUCCAAGAGAUUGACUCCACAAGCCGUCAAAAUCAGAGCUGAUGUCGAAGUCUCCUGUUUCAGUUACGAAGGUAUCGAUGCCAUCAAGGAAGCUCUAAAAUCCGCAGAAGAUAUGUCUACAGAACAGAUGCAAAUCAAGGUUAAACUGGUUGCUGCACCACUUUACGUUCUAACCACUCAAGCUCUAGACAAGCAGAUUGGUAUCGACCUUCUAGGUAAAGCCAUCGACAAAAUCAACGAAGUUAUUAGCAAAUACGGUGGUGUUUGUAACAUCACCAUGCCACCAAAGGCUGUCACCGCUACUGAAGACGCUGAAUUGCAAGCUCUUCUAGAAAGUAAAGAACAAGACAACAGAUCCGACUCUGAAGAUGAGGAUAACUCUGAUUACGAGUAA